GUCCCCACCCAAAAAUAAAACACCAGUUCAAUGCAAAAUUUCAGCCAGAUAUGGCUAAACGGAAUCUCACUGUGCUCCCGUGAAAAAUUUUGUUUGAAGCUCAAUUUAAGUUAUUUAAGUGAAAAGUACUGCUCGCAAGAGUGACAAAUUAGUAUCUUAUCCUUAAUUGAGUGAAAACGCCCUGAAAUUCGAGAAAUUAGCUCUUAAAAAGUGAAAGUACCACCUUCACAAGGAAAGACAAUUUGUGAUAUAAAAAAAAUCAACGGCAAUGCAAGAAUCAAAUACAAAGAGAGUGAACCUUUAAGAUUUAAAACGUAGCUUCAAUGAAAUAUUGUGUGUGAGAAAAUAAAAGAAGUUUUAAGUUUAAGUUUUCAUCACACAAAAAUGCAAUUAUUAGGAGUUUCAUCAAUUUUUCGUGUGAUGAAUGAAAGAAACAAAAUGCAAAGAUACAAACGGUGAAAUGAGCUUCAUUGCGAGGCAAUCAGGGUGACAAAUGCAAUUAAUAGCUACUGAAAUCAAGCUGUGUUCGAGAUCAUAUUGACUCUCAUGCACAUCUCUCACUUAUCUUACGCGAUAUGUGAAAGGUUAACAAGACGCUUCACAGGCUUGUUGUUACACAAUACAACCCAAAAAGAAAUAGAACGUUAAAGCAAUUUUCACCUGAAUUCAACUCAGCAAGAAGUUUACAGUUUUUAUAAAACGCAAAAAUAAUUUAAAAAAAAAGUAAAUAAUAAUACAUAAAAGAAGAAGAAGAAGAAAAAUCACGACGAUCAACGUGACCGAAUAAUUAAAAGUUUAGCGUCAAAGCUGACCAAAGUGAAACUCAACAUACAUAAAGUUAGAGAUAAACUGAACAGUAGAAAACAGAGAAAAAAAUGACUUCAAAUAUGGAAAGCAUGCAUUGGCGGGUGUCGUCAUUGGGUGCUCUCCUUCUAGUGCUAGUUUUUAUGCCACAUCUCUUUAGUAAAGUACCAUAUGUGAACGCAGCGGGCGGUGGCGGUGGAAGCAUGUUAGGCGAUGUUAAUAUAUCAGCAAUUUUAGAUUCGUUCAGUGUUAGUUACGAUAAACGAGUAAGACCCAAUUAUGGAGGACCACCAGUAGAAGUGGGAGUCACCAUGUAUGUGCUGAGUAUCAGCUCGCUGUCUGAAGUCAAAAUGGACUUCACGCUGGAUUUUUAUUUUCGACAAUUUUGGACGGAUCCCCGAUUAGCUUAUAGAAAAAGGCCUGGAGUAGAGCAACUAUCAGUAGGAUCAGAUUUUGUGAAGAGUAUUUGGGUUCCAGAUACAUUCUUUGUAAAUGAAAAACAGUCAUAUUUUCACAUAGCAACAACCAGCAAUGAGUUCAUUAGAGUACAUCAUUCUGGUUCAAUCACUAGAAGUAUGCGAUUAACAAUUACAGCUUCGUGUCCUAUGAAUCUUCAAUAUUUUCCUAUGGACCGACAAUUGUGUCACAUCGAAAUCGAAAGCUUCGGAUAUACAAUGAGAGAUAUCCGCUAUAAAUGGAAUGAGGGUCCUAAUUCCGUUGGAGUAUCGAGUGAAGUAUCUCUACCGCAAUUUAAGGUAUUGGGACAUCGUCAACGAGCUAUGGAAAUCAGUCUCACAACAGGAAAUUAUUCACGUUUAGCUUGUGAAAUCCAGUUUGUUAGAUCAAUGGGUUAUUAUUUAAUUCAAAUUUAUAUUCCAUCUGGAUUAAUUGUAAUCAUAUCGUGGGUAUCGUUUUGGCUCAAUCGAAAUGCAACGCCGGCUCGAGUGGCUCUCGGUGUAACAACUGUAUUGACUAUGACAACACUCAUGUCGUCCACAAAUGCUGCCUUGCCCAAAAUAUCAUACGUUAAAUCGAUUGACGUAUAUUUGGGCACAUGUUUCGUCAUGGUGUUUGCCAGUUUGCUCGGUAAAUAUUGUGAUCAAAAUCACAAACUUUUUUAUAUCAUUUACAAUCGUAUAAAUGUUCCUUUUUUUUGUUUCGAGCUAAUAAUCUAAUAUGCCACGGUCGGUUACAUGGCCAAGCGAAUACAAAUGAGAAAACAACGCUUUAUGGCUAUCCAAAAAAUAGCUGAGCAGAAAAAAAUCCAAGUGGAUAAUGCCCAACAGAAUAAUCCACAAAGCGGAGGUGGAAGUACUGUUGGUGUGGGUGGACCGCCAAGUGAACACGGACAUUCACAUGGUCAUGGCCACUCUCAUCAACAUCCCCAUGUCCCAAAGCAACAGCAAAUGGGAAUGGGAACAAUGGGAAAUCGAGGACCACCCGGUAUGUCUCUCCAAGGUAAUGUUGUAGGCUCAAGAGGAUGUUCUAUAGUUGGCCCCUUAUUUCAAGAAGUUCGUUUCAAAGUGCACGAUCCAAAAGCACAUUCAAAAGGAGGAACGCUUGAGAACACAAUCAAUGGUGGUCGGGGCAAUCAACAGCAACCACCUCAACGUGAAGGAGGUGGCGGAGGCGAUGAAGAAUCGGGAGGCGGCCCUCCACAACAUCUCAUACAUCCAGGAAAAAAUAUCAACACACUACUGGGUAUAACUCCUUCCGAUAUCGAUAAAUAUUCACGUAUUGUGUUCCCCGUUUGUUUUGUAUGUUUCAAUUUAAUGUAUUGGAUAAUUUAUUUACAUGUAAGUGAUGUUGUAGCCGAUGAUUUAGUUUUACUCGGCGAAGAUAAGUAGGAAAACUUAGGACCCAUAUCAAUAAAUCACACUAUACCCGAAUAUACAAAUUUAUUAUGGAAUAUUAUUAAAAUAUUUAUGAUUAUGAUUCCAUUCGUACACGUUUUUGUAAAGCGUAAAGAACAUUUUUCUUUAUUAUUACUCCCCAUUCCAUUCAUUUACACAAUCUAGAAGAUGAAAAAAAUCUCUAAAAUGAAGUAAAAUAAUAUCUUAAGUUUUAACGCCUGCCUUUUAACGACUUAAAUAAAGAGAAAAAAGCAACAAAAAUGAUGAAGUAAAACCAAAAAAAAACGAGAAGUUAUGAUAUAGAGCUGAAAAAUAAAUAAGAUAAAAGAAAUUUGAUUGAUAUUAUUACGACACUCACUCAUCACACAAUUUAAUGCUAAAAAGAAUUUCUCACUUUUCUUUCUUGUUUUUUUUUUCUUCAUUUCAAUUUGUUUUAUAAAAUAUCAUAGUGAAAAUGACGGAAGAAAUUUAAGACGAAUUAUUGAAGAAUCAUAAACAGCACAUUUAAAUUGAAAUAUCAAACUGACGAUGCAAGAAAAAAAUUAAAAAUAUAAACUAAUUAGCCCUUUGAAAAUGACGACGAUGUGAGAAGAAGCGCAGUUUCAAUUAUGCCAUAUAAAUAGGAAAAUCUUGUUAUAGAAACUAAUUACGAUCGUUAUGAGACUAUAAUCUAAUAAUCUAUACCACUCACUCUCACUUUUUUAUGGCUCUAUCUCUCUCUCUCUCUUUCUCACACACUCACACAUGCCUCUUAAAAUCUCAAUUACAUUUUCAUAGAAGAAUUCCCGUCUUUGUAGGUCAUCCUUAAAUCCCCUCCCCUUAGCCGUCAUUUCAUCUUCCUUCUCAAUAUAUUUAUUCAGAUCUCUAAGUAUCUCUAAUUUCUUAUUCUUUUCUUUACGUAUCUUCAUCCGAAGAAAUCUUUAUACAUGCAUCUAAUACGAAAUUUUUAGUAUAGAACAUUUGUUCGAUCCAUUUACGUAAUUCAUUUUAAUUCUAUUUCGAUAAUUACUUCAUGCUUCCAAAAAGAAAACAACCUAUUGCCAAAUUACUAAAGUGAAUAUUUAUUAUAAUUAAAUAAGUCGGAAGUGAAGGCUCUAAGAGCAUGCACAUGAUAAAAAGCGAACGUUAAAAUUAUUAAAGAAAAAAUAUCGUCUUAUAGCUAGAUGACUGUUGAUCUUUUCGCAUUCACGAUGUCUUCUUUCUACACUGUUACUUAUCUGUGAAAAGCUUUUUUGACGUCAUCAUCCUUAGUCACCCUAUAAGAUUUUUAAUCUCGUUUGUUAAAUUAAAUUCUUUAGAAAAUUAUGUUAUGAAUAUUCGAAGAUUUAUUUUAAACUUUGUUAUUAAUAACUCGCUUCGAAGCGUUUCAGCAUCAACGACAUUAACGUAUGAUGAUGGGCUGGUGAGAAGAUAAAAAAAAAAUCAAUUUUCAUGUCCCUGUCGGUAAAUAUUUAGAGCUAUUAUUGAUUCCCUUUCCAUGCACACAAGAAAACAGCUUGCAAAGCUAAAAAUGUGAUGAAUGGUUUAUUUUAUGAAAGCGAUAAAAGAAGCCAUAUUUGAUAUGAUGAUAAUUAGUUUGUGUAGCAAGCCGCGCACCUUUUUCACCCCAAACCAUUCACCGACCUAUUUCAGUAAUGAAAAAUAUUGUUUUAAAUACUUUAUAAUAUUUACAACAUUCUCUCGUACUUCAACUUCUCUAGGCUUUACUUUGAUCAUCCUAAUAAAGCCCGUCUUUUUUCAACAUAUUAAUCCUGCCAUCACUGUUCCUUUUCAAUCUCUACCGAUUGUGAAAGUAAGAAAAAAUUAUAUAAUAUAAAGGACAAAAGUGAAACAUAUUGAGUCAAAAGAAAAAAUAAUAAUAAAUCAUUAAUUGAUGGCACAGUUUGCACAAGCACGAUAUCCUACUUAUUAACAAGGAAAAAUAAUAACAAUAAAGAAAAAAAGGAAAAUUGAAAGAAAUUUCGUCACCGUUUAAUUUCCCCGCAAAAAAUCACAUAAAUGUAGCGCGCAGCCCUCAAACGAUAAGCUCUAAAGAUUCGACCAGUUCUUGUCGUUUUUCACUUGAAAACACGAAUAAGAACCAAAAAAAAAAUGAAUCGUUGCUCUUCUUCUGUUCAAUUAUGGCUGUCUUUUUACAUCAAAUACAUUUAAAAAACGAAGAAGAAAUGAAAAUUCCUUUGAUAUGUUUGAACAAGAAAAAAAUGAAAAUAUAUACAAAGCAUGUGAUAGACAAAAAAAAAUAUUGAAGAAAUAAAAUUAAUAAGAAAAUAAUUUAAAAGACACUAACGUAAAGCAUGUAGUCGCCAGUGAAUUUUAAAUGAGAAACUACUAGGUAAAACAAGAGGUUAUUAAAAAUAAAUAAAUGAGAAAAUUCUAAAAAUAAAAGUAAAAAGGAAAAGUUUUAAAACAAAAUAUAAAGUUCAUUAUCAUUAAUUAGUCAUAUUUUAUGGUGGUAUUCUUUAAAUCAUCAUUAUUAGGAUCAUCAUUAUCAUCAUGAUCAUAAUCAUCAUUAACAUUAUCAUGAAACUGAACACGUCACACGAAGAAAAACAUUAAAAUAAUCACGAAAUCGACAUUUUUUUCUAUUUAUAAAACUCGGGGUGUUGAUAUAAAAAUGGGUCUCAGUGAGAUGAAGACAAAAAAAAAUAUAAAUUUAAGAAGAAAAAAUUAUAAACAAAAUUGUAAGAUUCAGUUGAACCAAAAAGAUGAAAAAAAAAAGCAAACAAGUUGUUGAAUUGUCGUGUUUUAUAUUAAUCAGAAAAGAAAAGAGCAAAGGAUUCAUUGUUUGAUUAUCCUUUAUAAAUUUGUGCACAAAAGUUUUUAUCCUUGAGUUUGCUAGAUGAAUCAUUUCUACUAAAUAUAGAAAAUAAAAAGAAAACUCGAAGAAAAAAAAUUAAAAAAUGCGAAAACAGAUUGAAGCAGGUGCAAGAGAUCAAAUUAAUUAAUGCAAAAAAAUCAUAAUGAGUAUAUGACGAAUGAAUUAAUUAUGCAAAUAUUUUGUAAAUAAGCAAUUAAUUUUAUCUUAGAAAAAAAAAUCGAAUAAAAUAAUUAAAGUGAGGAAAAAAAUCGAAUCUUGAGCACAAUUUAUGGAAAAAAAAUGUUGAAAGAUUUGUGUGAUUAUUAUGAGUUGACUUUAAGUUUGGAAUCUAAGAUAAAUUAUGUUCGUUGCUAAAUCUUCCAAAAGAAAUGAGACAAAAACAUUAAGGAAAAAAAAGAAUUAAAAUUGAUGCAAUAAGAAGCAUUUCAAGCAGGUAGCUUUUUUGGCACGUCUUCUUCAAAACAAUACAUUAAAAUUGUAGCGCAAAUUGAGUAAGAAAAAAAAUGUAUAACUAAUGUAUAGGCGAAAAGUCGAUUAAAGAAAUCUUUACGCACCCACUUACACACCAGGAAUUUCAUGAAAAUGUUACAAAAUUUUCUAAUUUCAUGUCGAUUGUAAAAAGGAGACAAUUUUGUUGUUAUUUUUGAGAUAGUUUCGACCAUUAAUGCGCGACUCAUAAAAAGAUUUUGUUUUCGACCUUUUAAACGACUCGAACAUGUUUUCCAUUCUAAAUGGUCCAUUCUCAUCCUACAUAAAUAUACAAAAAUUAUGAUACAAAUAGGUUGACUCUUUUCAUACAACUAGUGAUUCAAUUUAAAAAUAAAAAAAUGAAGAGAGGGAUGAACAAAGUUCCAUUAAAGCCUUUUCCUUAGCCAUCAUAAUUCUUAUGCAAGAAAUAAGAAUAUUCAAAUACAACAAAUCCGUAAGACACUCGAAACACAUUUUUCCGAAAAUAGAAGAAAACUGACUGCAUAAUUAAUAGUUUGAGGACAGUUUAAAAUGGAAUGAAAGUCGUAAAGAAAUAAAAGAUAAAAAUCUAGGAAUAAAGAAGUGCAUAAUUUAAUUUAGGAUUAUUAUUAUUAUGUAAACUCAAGAAGAAAAACCAAAAAAAAAGAAAAUAUAAUCCUUUAAAAGAAAACUCAAUAAAGUUUUGAGGUGAAAAAUUCGAAACA